UCCAUCUGCAAAAAUGUUAGCUUAAACAUUUCCUCUUGUGUUCAGCUUAACAGGCAGCCGGGUUGCUGGAGAACAAGUAGCCAAGACAGGCUGGCAGCUACAUCCGCCCAUCUGGUGUCAUCUCAGGAAGGAAGGAGUCCAUAAAAAAAUAAGAAGCCUCCAAUGAACUUGAGCUGCAUUGCUUUGGACUGUGGGAGGAAGCCGGAGAGCCCAGAGGGAACCCACGCUGCCAGGGGGGGAAGGUGUAAACUCCAGCUACUAUACACCACCAUGCAGCCCCCAUUUUAUUUUAUAAAAAUAAAUGUUGUAUCUUGUAUUUUUACGCGAACCGCUGUCAACUAAACAUAUUAUAUAUAUUUGUUUGCUCAAGUAAAAAAAAAGAAAAUGUUGGCCAAAAACCACCUCGCCCUGACUGUUAAGUAAUUGCCCAAGAAGCCGCUUGUGGCAGUGGGGGGUGUGUAGGCUCGGCUGCUGAGUGGGUGGAGCGGGGGUGUGGUUCAGGGAACGGUGUCUGAUUGUCAUCAGCUGGACUAAUUGCUAAUCAGAGUGGUAAUCAGUCCAGCUGAUGACGUGUGUUGGUGUAUCUGAGGCUGUCUCCAUAAAGGAGCUGGCUGGACAGCAGAUCGGGAGUCAGGGUGGAGAGCAGAAACACAGUCUGCCAUGGAAAUAAACAUGAUUACCAACUAUCCCUCUGGCUGCUCAGUCCUUCUUGGUGCUUAGGGGGGGGGGAACCUACUGGUGACGGCAACACGCGUGUCACACUGGAGCCAAACGUGGGACCCUUUCAUUUUUUUUGUGUGGAAAAAAAAAAAAAAGCAACAACAACAAAGAACAUGGAGAGCAUCCAGCAGCACCCAGAACAGCCAUGGAUUCAGCUGGGGCAGAUGCUGGGGAGGAUAGCAGCGAUGGUGCAGGACCAGGCGGAGGCAGGCCGGCAGACACUGGGGAAGCUCCUGGCCCAGGCAGAGGAGCAGACGCGCGCCCUGGAACGGCUCGCUGCCCAGACAGCGGCGGCCACACCUGUAGCUUCCCCCGUGGUGGGGGUGGAACUCCAAAAAAUGACGGCGGGGGACGACCCGCAGUCGUUCCUGGAGACUUUUGAGACGGUGGCGGAGGCAUGCGGCUGGCCAGCGGGGGAGUGGGCGAUUCGCCUCCUGCCCCUGCUCACCGGGGAGGCGCAGACUGCGGCCCUGGGGCUUCCCCCAGCAGCACGCCAAAGUUACGUGGACAUGCGGAAGGCGGUGAUGGAUCGGCUGGGUCUGACUCCGGAGGAUCACCGGCGGAGGUUUCGCGAGGCCACGAUGGGGCCCGACGACCGGCCGUUUGCGUACGCGCAACGGCUGAGGGACGCCGCGACGAGGUGGCUGCAGCCCGGGAGCACGGAAGGGGCGCAGGCGGUGGUGGAGAAGGCCGUCGUGGAGCGGUUCAUGGAGGGGCUACCGACCAGAACAGCAGAGUGGGUCCGAUGUCACGGCCCCACGUCGCUGGAGGCCGCCAUCACACGGGCGGAGGACCACCUGGCGGUGCACCCCGGCGGCCAGGGGGACAGCGCACGGGCUCCGGCCAGGCCGAUGCGGGCCCUGACGCAACCCAUACCGGCCCCAGUAAACACCGGCACCCUUCCCAACCCACAGGUAGUCCCUCAAACACCAGGGCAGGCGUGUUGGAGGUGCAGACAGCCCGGACACAUCCGACGGGAGUGUCCGCUGAUGGAGGUGGGCCAGGUGAUCCGGGUUGCCGGCUCUCCAACACCCUCCCCAGGUCCGGGAGCGACGUGCGCGUGCGGGGGCAUCCAGAGUCGAACUGGGGACCCUAUGAUCUGCAGUCAAAUGCUCUACCACUGA